GAAGUUUCAAAUUUUCUUCAAAAUAUUUUUAUAACGUUCUUUAUAAAUAUAAAAAUAGAGUGAAUUUUGCAUAAUUUUUGUGAUAAUAAAGUUUUCAAUAGAGCAAAAAGAAAAAAAAAUGGCUGAAUCAAAUCAAAAAUCACAUAAUGAUGAUGAAUUUAUUCCAUUUUUUGAGAAUUGUCUCAAGGAUGAUGAUGAUGAAUUUCAUAAGCAAAUUUUUUUAAACAAUGACAAUUAUUUUAGUAAUUACAAUUUAUUGGAAAAAGAAAUGUCACCGAAAAUAGGUGAACAGGCACCUUCACCUUUAUUUCCGGCACUAGAGGCAACAAUUGACGAAGAUUUUUCCGAAUUUUUUUAUAUAUUAAAUCCUAUAAGUGGCGUUUUAGAAGAGGCUCCAAAAAAUGUGGCAGCAGAUAUUCAGGCAAUUAUCGAUAAUGAUGAUGAUGAUCAUCAUCAUCAUCAUCAGUGCAUUAGCACUAAUAAUUCCAAUGAAAAUACAGAUGUUGUGCCGGCAAAAAAAUUAAAACGCGAAUUAACAGUUUAUGAAGAGACAUUGUUAAAAAAUUUCAGUGUAGAAAUUGAAAAGGAACAAAAAUUACUUGCCGCUGAACAUGAGAAAAAAAUGCAACUCUGGGAACUUGAAAUGCAAACAAAUCAACAACAACACGCAUUGAAAAUGGCAAUUUUAAAGGAACAACUCGAAAAAAUACAACAGGAAAAGAAACAAUUGGAAAUGCCAAAAAAUUUAAAAUAUCUCAGUAAAUUCAAAAGUGGUCCAAUUUAAAAAAAAAAAUAAUAAUUUCCUUCCAAAAGGAAAAAAAAAAUAAAACCAAAUAUAUUUUAUUUUUGUUAUAAAUUUUUCUCAAUAAAAUAUUUUUCCUAUUUAAUUUUAAAAGUUAACUAAUUUUAAUCAUUUAUUUUUGUUAAAAAAAAAAAGAAGUUUUUUGACAAAAUUCAACUUUGUAAUAAAAAAUAAAUUCAAUUAUAUAAUUUUCUGCUUUUAAUUAUUAUUUUUAAUCAAAAAAAUUUCAUCUUCUAAAUAAUUAAAUAAAACUAAUAUUUUCUAAAUAUUGGAAAAAAGAACAAUUUUUUUUUUUUAUCAUUCACAUUUUAUAUUUAGUGAUCUAUAAUAUUGAAAUGAAAAUAUUCAGACAAAACAUUGAUUUACAUACGAGAUAUCAGUUAUUAGUGACGUAAAAUUUCUAAUACAAGAUAAUGUUUAUAAUUAAUUUUAUUUUGUAAAUACAAUAUAAUCGACUCGUCCACUAAUCAACAACAUUUAAUGUAACAUGUGAAUUUAUCCGUAUUUGAUUUUUCAUAUAAUAUACAAUUGUUUGUCACAAUGACAGAAAUUUGUUGUACACGUGCGCGUGAGUACUGAGUUUUUUUUUUCUUCUUCUUCAUCAUCAUUAUUAUAAUUAUUAUUUCAUAUAUUAAGCCGAGAAAAUAUAAUAUUUCAAGACAACAUUCACCUAAAUUGAUAUUAAUUAUUUAUUUUUUUUUUUUUAUAACAAUUAUGACAGAGAAUUUGUUGCAAAAAUCUCGCGAAACUUGUCAAAAAAUCGAAUUUAUCGAGGCUUAACAUUUUUCUGUUUUAUUUAUUUCUUUAUAUUAGACAAUUAUUUCUUGAGACAGUCACGAAAAAAAAAAAAAAAUUCCAUCGCAAUUCGUAUUUAAAAAAAAAACGAAA